CGUCCUUUUUGCAUUCAUUCAUCUCGCGCACGAGCCUAUACAGCCGGCCAGCCUCUUUGCCUAUUACAGUGCGGCUGUCCCCCAACCUCCUUCCCCCGUGUUUCACAACAAGGAGGACAAGGACAACGACGACAACGGCGACAACGCAGGCAACUCUGCGCACGGCCAUAUCAUAAGGGACAACGAGUCACCACACCUCGGCAACAUCCACUCUCCCUCACACGCCGGCCCCGAUGGGCCUGUUCGACUUCCUGCCAUGCUGCGGCAAGCGCGCCGUCGCCGUCAAGGAUGACGAGGUCGUCGCAGCAGACACCGACCCCCUCCUCGCCCCAGGCAGCGACAGCAUCUCGAACCAGGACGGCUAUGGCGCCGUGGCGAUGAGCGCCGCCGCGCCCGAGUCGAGCGGCGGGCUGAACGCGAGCCAGCGCGCUCGGAUCGCCGAGAUCGGCCGCGAGGCUGGAGGCCACAUGCUGCCGAUCACGCACGCGAGCAGGGCAGCGACGACGUCUCCCGGCGUCCGCCGCGCAGCGACGAGCGGCACGGCGUCGCCCGCGAGCCGCCCCGCGUCGCCCGUGCCCGGCGUGCCGACCGACUCGCCCGUCAUCCCCCCCUCUCCGCUCGCCGAGACGUCUGGCGCCAACGACGACGACACGCCGAUCGCGAGCGGCGCCACGACGCCCGUGCACCAGCCCGAGGCGGUCGCUGGCUCCGCCGAGGUCGUGCACAAGACGCUAUUUGCGUCCGGCGCACCCCCUACCCGCGGCGGCAAGUCCAACGGCGGCAACGGUGGCGGCGGUAACGGCAGCGGCGGCGGCAACCGCAACGGCGGCAACAAGGGCCGCGGGCGCGGUCGCGGCCGUGGACGCUCCAAGAAGUCCAAGUAGGCGUGCGUGUGGGCGACGAGCAGGCAGGCGGCGACAGCUCGGACUUGACUCCCGGGCAGUGUUGUAACAUGGCGACUGUGGCUGUGGCAUCUUCAGAGCGUGCACGAGCGGCGGCGGUGGCGGCGAGGCGGCGUCGGCAAGGCAAGGCGAUAGCGCAUCAACAUAUGGUAUCCGCGCAUAUUAUUAGUUUUUAUUCUUCCUGCAUGAAGUGGUAGU